GAUAACUUGCAUGAACUUCGGACCACUGAGUUUGGUGGGCUGGACUACCCUUUACCUUCAUGUGUUGCAACACUUCCUUUUAACAAUAAGCCUUUACGCGUGGACAUCUAUAGCAUUUUCAUCCCUUGAGUCAAAAGAGAUGAUAUUGUUGAAGCACAAGGCAGCUGCCCUUGGAUUUAUGUGCAUCAUUACGCUCUUCUUUCUUCUAAACAAUCUUUCUAAAAAACAAGGCCUUAUUUGCCCAGAUGAGGAGUUCUAUGAUGAAGAAGCAGAACUGUCCUCAGGCAAACCCAUAGUGUUGCUGUGGUUCUGGCCGCUUGGUGUGAAGUUUAACUUCAAGGCCUGUUCCACACACUUCCAAGUCGAUAGCUGCGCGCUGACAGCUCAGAGGUCCCUGUACAGCGUGGCUGACGUGGUCAUUUUCUACCACAAAGACAUCGGCCCAUUUCAGUGGUACAUGCCGAGGGCCCCCCGCCCGUCUUUCCAGAAGUGGAUCUGGUUUAACGUGGAGUCCCCGACCAACACGUUUAAGAAAUCAGGCCUGGAAAACCUCUUCAACCUGACGUUGAGCUACCGGCGAGACGCCGACAUCACCGUGAGGAACUGUAUUAUAAACAACUAGCCAACCACAUUGACAUUCAUGUGCAUUUUCCGGACAACCAUUGUCCUAUGACGACUAUUACCCAACUCUCGCUAGAUGUAAGUUCUAUCUGUCGUUUGAGAACU